GACGGUUACCUUUAGACCCGAUUCGAGAACUUUAGCUCUCCGGCUGUGCUGAGCUGCUCAAAAUGACACUAUUAAAAUGUCAGCAUUGUAUUGGAGAGGAUAAAGCAUCAGAAGAUACAGAUCAUGUGGAGAAAAUCUUGCCACCCGGCUACAGUCAUCUUCUUUGUCAUCAUGAACUGCUGGAAAUGUCGGGGGAUGUUGAAAACUUCAGAGCGGCUCUUAAGUUGCAGAUGACUACAGAGGAGCAAGUCCAGAAGUGGCUGGAGGACUUCCAGAAAUCCUCAGCUUUAACAUGGAGGAAAUCUAGGACAUACCCUGACUCUGGACGCUACAACAAAUACAGAGUGGAUCUGAGAUGCCAGCACAAAACAUACAGUUCAUCAUCCAAGACAAGCAAAAAUACCAACUGCCCUGCCACCAUGUUUCUGAUUCUCAAGAGAUUUAUGUGUGAAAGAAAGUCCAGAUCAGGAGAUCCACACAUUGAAGAGGGCUAUUUCCUUCAUGUGAACUUGAGAAAUGAACAUAAUCAUAGACUGAACACAGCUGAGGUCAUGAGGUGGAGAGAUGUGUCAAAUGACACCAUUGAAAAGCUACAGCAGCUCUACAAAAGCGGUCACUCUCCUUCAUCUGCACUCAAAACUAUUAAAUACAACCUGCAGGAAGAGGAAGGUGAUAACUACACUUAUGCUAUUGCAGAUCGAUCCAUUUGCCCAGACCUUCCGUUCUGCUACAGAUUAUACCACAAGCUUUUUCAGAAAACAUGUGCUGAACCGGCAGAGAAGGACAUUUCAGAUGAGCUUUUUAAACCCUUAGAGUUGGAACAGUCAUGGGAGACAGCAGCAAUAACAGCAGAUGGACACACCACGUGCAUUGAAGAUGGAGUUUCUGUUGAUGCUGUUCCAAUCAUCACCACAGCAGAGGAUUUCACAGAAGACGAGCCAGGAACAAGUGCAGCUGAAGAGGUUGUUGGUUCUUUAGAUGGACAGCUUGAGGAGAUCUUUGGGAUGCUGAAAAAGAAGCUAAACGAGGAUUCAAGUUUUACUCCGCCUAUAAGAGCUUUUGUGUCCAGUUUCUUUCAGAUAAAGACUGAUAGUGCUCUUCAGGCAUCACUCUUUUCCUUUGGUGAGACCACUCCGAUCAUCAAUCAGAUCAAUGUACUACCAGCUACAGGUCCACGGAGGAGAGGGGCUUUGGCUGGACGAAGAGCUGUUGGCAGACCCCCGAAGAACUCAAGAAGAGAGCACCCAUACUGCAACAGCAGAUCCAACAACACUCCCCAAACUCUCACUUUCUGUUUGCAAGACAAUAACACCCUUGAGAAAACCGAAUAACUGUAGAGGUCUAAAAACUGUGUAGAGACUAUUUAAUCAAUAAGCAAUGAGAAGCUUGGUAUGAACAUCAUGAAACCUGACCAUUACAAGAAUAAAUCAGUGUUUACCCCAUUUACUUUUAAUGUUUAAUGUGUACUUGAUGUGCCAGAUUCAGCAGUGCAUGUUAUAAGAGAAAGCAUUUGUGGUUGUAAUUUUGAUCCUAAUGUUAUGUUACAGACUCCACACAGGAAUGAAACACCCAUAAAUCAACCAAAAAUCAAGUAUCA